UACGAGUGCGCGCAUGGGGCAGCGGCCCUUGCGACCCAAGACUCCACGAUGAUAACUCCUUCUUUUUGCGGCUGGCUGCAUCAUCUCCGUCGUCUUUUCUUUUAAUUCAGUCGUUCGAAGUAAUAGAUAAAAUCAAGUCAUCGUCUCCGUGGAAAUAAAAAGAAUGAAUAAUAACGGGAUAUCUCGGCGGCCACCAGGUCCGGUGCGCCAGCAUUCGUUGCAGCAACCACCACGACGUCAGCAACAAAUCCGUCGUCAACGCUCAUCGGAAGACGAAAAAACAUUGCAAGUAUACUCGAGUACAGUAGCAUCACGGAGUCGUUUUGCUAGUAACAAAUGCGAUCUCUAUAACAAUCAAGUGUCAGUGCACGACCGCCCUAAAGUUCGAGUAGCUUGGGCCGAUCAACCGUCAAAAUCGAAAAGCGAUAGUGUCGAAAUCGUUGCCAGACAAAUCCCAACUGGCAAAUCUAGUAGACCGACAACUGGGCGUGGAAGUCGAAGAUGUCCGCUGGCGGAAAAAGCAACCUUUCUGUAUUCAAGGCAGGAACUGGCUGAGAGAUUAAGAUUGGCAUGGCGACAGAGAGAAGAGAAUAAAACGAAUAUCGAUAUUUUUCUAGCUCAUAAUACUAUGGAAGAAAGAUCGGAGUCGAGAUUGUCAACGAUGACUAAUCGAACUGUUAUAACACCGAAGAUUCAAGUGAAGAACGAAGAAGUAGAGGAUGUGAUUCAUGUUCGAGAUGACAGCGAAGUGGUUGAUGAAAAUGAGAAAGACACCACGGUGAUCAAUGAAUCAAUGAUCAGCGAAGUGGUUGAUGAAAAAGAGAAAGACACCACGGUUAUCCAGAUCGUUGAGUACCAACAUUGGUUUUCAUCUUCUGAAUCCAACGAGUCUGCCAUUAAAAUUGCCGAAGAUUCUGCCACAGAUUCUGUCGAAAAUUCUGUCGAAGAUUCUGUCGAAGAUUCUGUUAAAGAUGAGGAUAAUGUUAUAGAAGAUGAGAAUAAAGAAAACAUUGCAUCAUCGCUAACAGAAAAUAAAGAUGACGUGAUUGUUGUUGAAAAAAAACCAUGUAUUAGUAUCAACUGCACUGACUGGAAUGCACCUUUGACGAUAAACAAUAAACCUGCAGAUAACAACGACAACGGAUCUAUCGGGACAACAACACCGAUCAAAGAACCUGAUUACUCCCAAGCUAAAUUGAAAAGAGCUGGAUUCCAAAGUGGAUUGAACAAAGCUUUUAACACGCCGAUAACCGAGAAAUCUCCAUCAACAUCACGAAUCAACAGCCGAGUUAGCACACCACAACAAGAACCAGCACGAACCAGUUUUCGACGAACAAAUUCAGCUCCACCGCAAAGACGGACACAAGUCAACAUCGUCAUUGACACUCCAGGAAUAACAUCGACGCAAGCUCCGCUAAUUGAACCUGAAAGACCUGCACGUGCCAUGAGUGCCAACGAGCGAAAAAGUCGAACAGUCAAAUCGGCACCGUCGGUAAAAAGGCGAUUGAAAAUGAGCAAAAGACGGGGCUUAUCGGUAGCUUACUCAAAGGAUGGCGAGGAUGACGUUGCUGACGGUAAAAGAAAAAGCAAAUCGAAGGGUAGUAAGAAUGCCAUGAUGGAAAGCAAAGGUAACACUGGAGAUGUUAUCACGAUGGUUUCGUUGAUUAGCUCAGCUGAUAGCGAAAGUGAAAUGGAUGAUAAUUUAUUAAGGGAUGAUAAACUAAUCAGUGAGUUGAGGAGUAAGUUGCCUACUACACCGAUCAUCAAAUCUUCCAAUGGGUUUUCCACUGGUAUAAGGAAGCCUUUCAAAUCAGUCUCAUUCCAGCAAGAUUCAUUCGACUACGAGUCUCCACCGCCGAGUCACGAUGACUCUAGAGCAACAUCCAACAACUUGCAAGCUCGUUUUAUCGCUCUUAGCAAAGCCGUGACUUCAAGCACCGACGAUAAUUCGACACCACUAAUUGCGGCAAUGACAUCCUGGAAGAUGGAAUCCGUUCAAUACGCGCCAAUGAUAAUGUCGUUGCAACAGCAGCAGGAAGCACCGACGACUGAGGCACCACUGACCGACCGCGAAAAGCGAUGUCUUGCUGUACCGAUCGGUGAUGUACUCGAUAAGAAGAGGAAACUCGUAAGAUGCCGCAGUGCCGUUGUUACUACCAGGGAUACCAACCACGAGAAACGCUCGUCAGACACCAGUCGGACGUGCUUGCAAACGGAGAUGCGGCUGUCGCAAAUCGCCUCGCAAAUCGCGGCCAACUUGCAGGAGAAUGUCUCCUCGAAGACAAUUGUAAAUUCUACAAUCCCGGUUGUCGAAGUCAGCGAGGAAAAGGCCAAACCAAUGCCUUGUGAACCGUACUGUCAAACUCCAAAAGAAAAAGAAUGUUGGCAUCUAUAUAAAAAAAUGUGUGACAAAGGAGUCUUUGUGUCAUUUGACACGGUAUUAAGAGGCAUGUUAACGCCCACUGAAUAUCGGUUACGCCAAAAAGAAGUGAGCCAAAACUGUUAACGCUUACGAAAAAUCUUUGUAUAUUUGUAACUAAAGAAAUUUUUGAAUGUAUCUUGG